GAUUAUAAUAAUGACUAUUAUUGGCUUUACUUUCAGGGAUUUGCAAGAUGGAUCUAAAGAAUGUUAAGGUUCCUAAGAUGCCUGGUGGUGGGCCUGCUUCUGCUUUGAUCAAGUUUGGACUUGUUGCUGGUCUUGGUGUGUAUGGAGUUACUAACAGUCUCUACAAUGUUGAAGGAGGGAGUCGUGCCAUUGUUUUCAAUCGUAUUCUUGGUGUUAAAGAUAAGGUUUAUCCAGAAGGGACACAUUUCAUGAUUCCUUGGUUUGAAAGGCCUGUGAUAUAUGACGUCCGUGCACGUCCACAUCUAGUGGAAAGUACUUCGGGAAGUCGUGACCUUCAGAUGGUGAAAAUUGGACUUCGAGUUCUCACGCGUCCAGUAACAGACCAACUACCCACUAUUUACCGAACUCUUGGUGAAAAUUAUAAUGAACGGGUCCUGCCUUCAAUUAUUCAUGAAACAUUGAAAGCUGUGAUUGCACAGUACAACGCUAGCCAGCUCAUCACCCAGAGAGAGAAUGUUAGUAGAGAAAUACGGAAGAUCCUAACUGAAAGGGCAGCCAACUUCAAUAUUGCUUUAGAUGAUGUCUCCAUAACAAGCCUGACUUUUGGGAAGGAGUUCACGGCUGCAAUUGAAGGAAAGCAGGUGGCUGCUCAAGAAGCUGAGAGAGCAAAGUUUAUUGUGGAAAAAGCUGAGCAAGAUAAACGAAGCGCUGUUAUUAGAGCUCAGGGAGAGGCUAAGAGCGCACAGUUGAUUGGUGAAGCUAUUGCCAACAAUCCAGCAUUUAUCACGCUCAGGAAAAUCGAAGCAGCAAGGGAUAUUGCAAAUACCAUUUCGAAUUCAGCCAACAAGGUGUACUUGAGUGCUGAUGAUUUGUUGCUCAAUCUUCAGGACUUGAACCUGGCUAACACUGGAAGAAAGUGAAUAGGAUGCUAUCAUUAGCUAAACUGUUUGGAAUUUCACCACUUCAUUAUCUUCCUCAGCCUGUUAAAUAGUUGGGGGCCAUUCUUGGAUAUAGGGAAUCGUUUGCAGCUGUAAUCCUCUCGGAUGAUGUUAAAUUGGCAAUUGGAAUAAAAUUAUGAUCCCACUUUUUAUC